UAAUCGAUCGAGGUGAAGCGUGAGCAUUCUUAGAACACUGCAGGGCACAAACAAACUCAUCAACAGGAUCUCUAACGAAAAAAUACUCAAACUAAUAGAUCAGAGAUGGUGUCCCAAACGGCAUCGAAGCCAGUGCGGCGACAGAACAGCAACCGAUGCGAUUCUUUCGCACUGGGAAUGCAUUUGUUGUUGUUGCUAUCGCUCACAAUUAUUUUUUCGGCACCACACGCAUCUGGAUUCAUUGCUCCAGCAGUGUCUUCAUCUCGGGCAAURCCUGCCCUAGUCACGCCAUGUUUGUCGUCGAAAAAGAAACACCGAUCUGCGAAAUUUGCUUCCUCUAUCGAAAACGAAACGACGCAAGGCGACAAGAAACCGACCAGAAAUCCAUUGAAGAAGGCGUACCGGAUCUACACGGGAUACGCGACACAGUUAUGGAAGGAGACAGAGCCAUCGGAGCGAACAAAAAUCGCCAACGACAAGAUAGCCAAGACCGUCCGCGAUAUGCAACACGUCUUAACGAGCGAGCACGAAACGAUAUCCAUGCUCUCCUCGUCGAGCAGCAGCAAUGGAUGYGGAGAGGCGAGUAAGCAGCUCCUGGAAUCGUGCGAGAAUAUGCUAUCGGUGCUGGAGGAGACGAAAGAAAUGAAAAAACAGAKUAAAAAAUCCGCGGGCUCUUCUUCGACGGAAGUUGCGACGACGACCAGCCAUGGCAACUCGGAGGCUCCAAAAAAAGAAAAAAAACAGCGAUCAAUUUUGUUUGGUGCGCUGAUGGGGGCAGCGGUGGCCUGCUGGGUUUUCAGUGGCAACUAUAUUUUCACGGGCUUGUUUUGUUUGGUUACCAUAUUGGGACAGCUCGAAUAUUACCGUAUGGUUAUGCAAACGGGGGUCUUUCCGGCAAGAAGAAUUUCCGUUGUUGGUGCGACAAGCAUGUUCUUAACGGUAUGUAUUAUUGUCUUUAGGACUUACUGAACCUGUUGGACGUCUCUGGUGGAUAGUGUCGAUUGUUUCGAGUUUGUUCACCUUUCUGAUGAUAUCGAAUGAAAUUCUUUUCUGUUUUUUCGUCAUUAUUUUUUCGUUGCUAGGCUCUGUUUGCACCAGACUUGCAUGAAUUGUGUCUCCCUAUGUUUGGUGCAUGGGCGAUGAUAUGGAAACUGUCCGUCAGAAGGAAAAUAGCGACCAUACCAGAGAUCGCCACGACAUUCACGGGCAUGUUUUAUUUGGGAUACGUACCUAGUUUUUGGGUCCGAAUAAGAACAAUGGGUUCCACAAUGAUGGAACCUACACGGCUAUUCCCCGUAACGGUAGCCAUGAGAACUUWUCUUGAAAAAAAAUUCGGCUUCUUAGUCCCCAAGACGCUGGUUCACUUACCGAUCACGAGUGGCGCCGUCUUUAUUUUUUGGUCGUGGAUUAGUUUGGCAUUCUCUGACGUCGGUGCUUAUUUCGUCGGAAGGAAGUUUGGGAAGACAAAACUCGGCGCUCUAUCGCCAGCUGCGGGAGCGACUUCCCCCAACAAAUCAGUGGAGGGUGUGAUCGGUGGAUGUGUCGUGAGCUCACUAUUCUCUGUAGCAGGUGCCUGGGCGCAAAAAUGGCCUCAUUUUUGGCUCACAGGGGCCAUUCAUGGAACCAUUCUGGCGUUGUUGGGUCUGAUAGGAGACCUGACAGCGUCCAUGCUGAAACGCGACGCUGAUCUSAAGGAUUUUGGAAACCUUAUUCCGGAACACGGUGGUGUCAUGGACCGAGUUGAUAGCUUCGUCUGGACCGCACCCUACAGCUUUUUGGUCUGCGCCUACAUUAUUCCUGCUCUGAAGGCUGCGG